AUGGAAACCCUCAUUCCUAACCUCAAAGACUCUCUCUCCCUCGCUCUCAAACACUUCUUCCCACUUGCCGGUGACUUGGUGCUUUCAACAAGUUCUAGCAAGCCUCAAAUUCGAUACGAGGAGGGCGACUCUGUUUCACUAACCUUUUCUGAGUCUGAGUCUGACUCAUUCUCUGAUUUCAUUGAUUUUAUAGGGAAUCAUCCGAGAAAGGCCAUGGAUUUUCACCCUUUUGUUCCUCAAUUGCCACUAGUUACUAAAUCAUCAGAUUCUUUUAGAGUCCCAGUUUUCUCUCUCCAAGUGACAUUAUUUCCAAACAAGGGCCUGUGUGUGGGAUUGACCAAUCACCAUGCUGCGUGGGCUUUGAUUACUAGGUGUGGUGGAGAUGGCCCAUUUCUAGCAGGUGGGUCCCAACCUCUAUUUGGUAGGACUUUGAUCAAAGACCCAAAAGGGUUAGACUCCAUUUUUCUGAGUCAACUGGGGACUACCACACCAGUGCAACAAGUUCCCACCAACAGUGAUAAGUUUAGAGCUACGUUUAUAAUGAGCAGGACCAAUAUCCAGAGAUUAAAGAGCUUGGUCAUGGCCAAAAGACUAGGAUUGGUUCAUGUAUCAACUUUUACAGUAAUAUGUGCUUAUGUAUGGGUUUGUAUGGUGAAAUCAAAAGCUGCUAUUGGGGAGGAGGGUGAUGAAGAUGAACCCUAUCACUUCGUAUGUGCGGGAGAAAAUCGGGCCCGUUUGGAUCCACCUAUUCCAGCCUCUUACUUUGGUAACUGCAUAUUUGCAGCUUGCAUUGCAACUGUAAACUGUAAGCAACUAGCGGGAGACGAAGGUUUCAUAUUUGCAGUGGAGGCGAUCGGAGAGGACAUUCGUGAGAGGUUGUACAAUGAAGAGGGUAUGUUGAAAAAUGCAGAAACUUUGCUGUUGGACCUGAAAGAAAUUAACUGGGAGAGAACUCUUGGGGUAGCUGGGUCUCCCAAGUUCAACUACUAUGAUAUGGAUUUUGGGUGGGGAAAGCCCAAGACGUUCGAAUUUGUGUCUAUAGAUAUUACAGGAGCAACGUCCUUAAAUGGUUGCAGAGAUUUAGAUGGAGGCAUAGAGGUUGGCUUGUCCUUGCCAAAGGCUCAAAUGGAUGCUUUUGCUACUAUUUUUGCUGAAGGUCUCUAA